UUUCGAAGCAAACCAAUCAGGUAGAAGCAAUAAAAUUCAUUUUCUAGUCCCUUGAAAAGAAUGGACGCAAUAUAUUGUUAGAUUAGCAUUUAUCAUAAAGCUUAAAAAGUGAUUUAUUAAAUAAUACAAGGGUAAUAUCUAAUUGAACAGUAACAAUGAAAUAUAUAUUAGUGACGGGAGGUGUAAUAAGUGGUAUUGGCAAAGGUGUAAUUGCUAGUUCAUUUGGAACAAUAUUGAAAAAUUGUGGGAUUCAAGUCACAUCAAUUAAAAUUGAUCCAUACAUAAAUAUUGACGCUGGAACAUUUUCACCAUAUGAACAUGGUGAAGUGUACGUCUUAGAUGAUGGUGGAGAAGUUGAUCUCGAUUUAGGAAACUAUGAACGUUUCUUAGAUGUAACUUUACAUAGAGAUAAUAACAUAACUACUGGUAAAAUUUAUCAAUAUGUUAUAAAUAAAGAAAGACGCGGCGAUUACUUAGGCAAAACAGUACAAGUUGUUCCGCACAUCACAGACGCUAUUCAAGAAUGGGUAGAGAAAAUAGCUACCCAUCCUGUGACAGAGGAUGGCAACAAACCAAUGGUUUGUGUAAUAGAAUUAGGUGGAACUAUAGGAGACAUAGAAGGAAUGCCAUUCGUUGAAGCUUUUCGUCAAUUUCAAUUUCGUGUAAAAAAAGAAAAUUUCUGUGUAGCUCAUGUAUCUCUUGUACCUCAGCCUAAAUCAACAGGAGAACCGAAAACAAAACCAACUCAAGCUAGCGUCAGAGAACUUCGAGGUCUUGGGUUGUCGCCAGAUCUGAUAGUCUGUCGUUCAGAGCAAGCAAUAGGUCCUGUUGUAAAAGAAAAAAUUUCAAAUUUUUGUCACGUUGCACCUGAACAAGUUAUUACGAUUCAUGAUCUCUCAUCGAUAUAUCGUGUGCCAUUAUUGAUGGAAAGUCAAGGAGUUAUUGAAUUUCUUAAUGAGCGUCUUCAACUGAAUAUCAGCCAAAUUCGACCUAGGAAUUUUAUGAGGAAGUGGAGAGAUUUAGCUGAUAGUAUGGAUCAUUUACGUAAAAGUGUAAACAUUUCUCUUGUUGGAAAAUAUACCAAACUAGAAGAUGCUUAUGCUUCAGUAACUAAAGCUCUGCAGCAUGCAUCUUUAGCUGUUGGAUUCAAGUUAAAGUUAACUUAUAUUGAAGCUGCUAAUUUAGAACAACAGACAUUGUUAGACCAUCCAAUCCUCUACCAUGAAGCCUGGCAAAAGCUUUGUAAGAGUAAUGGAGUUAUUGUGCCAGGAGGAUUCGGUAAAAGAGGAAUUGAAGGAAAGAUGGAAGCCUGUAAAUGGUGCAGAAAAAACAAUAAACCAAUGUUAGGUAUUUGUUUAGGUUUGCAAGUAGCAGUAAUUGAGUUUGCGAGGAAUGUCUUGGGAUGGACGAAUGCUAAUAGUACAGAAAUUGAUCCCACUACUGAUCAUCCUGUUGUCAUUGAUAUGCCAGAGCAUAAUACUGAUCAAAAAGGUGGAACUAUGAGACUAGGUAAACGAUAUACAAGAUUCAAGCCUGAAACCUCUGUUAUAAAAAGGUUGUAUGGUAACGUUGAUGGUAUUGAAGAGCGACAUCGUCAUCGAUAUGAAGUAAAUCCUCAAUAUGUAAGCGAUUUUGAAGCUGCUGGAUUGAAAUUUGUUGGACAAGAUACAAGUGGACAACGAAUGGAAAUUAUUGAACUAGUAGAUCAUAAUUAUUAUGUUGCUACUCAGUAUCAUCCAGAAUAUUUAUCGAGGCCUAUGAAACCUUCAGCACCAUUCCUAGGUCUUAUUCUGGCUAGCGUAGGGAAGUUAAAAUCAUACUUAAAUAGAGGAUGCAAACUAAGCCCACGUGAACAAAGUGAUAAUGAUUCCGACGAUGAUGAUUUAGUGAAUCUCAGAAUAGCUUCAGAUAUCAAAGAAAAAGUUGUAAUAGAAGCAGAAGAAAAAUAAACAUAAAAACAAUAACAAGAACAAGUCUGCAUAAAUGUUUUACAAAGUUUACAAUUAUUUUUUUUACAAACUUCUAUAAUUUCCCUGGAACUACACAACGGUUAGUUGUAAAAAUUGUUUCGAAUUUUUUACUUUUCAAUUGAUAUAAGUAUUGAUUUCAUUAUAACAUUAAAAAUGUAAGAUUGUCUUUUAAUAAAAAAAAGAUAAAAAUGGUAA